GAUAGUGAAGGUGUGAUCAAGAAAUUGGGAAAAGAUCGAAAUCCAAAAGAUGUGAAAGCAGAAGAAUGGCGAAGUGUUAUGAAUGAUUUGGAAUACAAUGUUACACGACAGGCUGAUACGGAAAGGCCAUUUACUGGUAAAUAUGAUAAGCUUUUUGAUGAAGGACAAUACAAUUGUUACUGUUGUGGAGCCAAAUUAUUCAAAUCAGACGCAAAAUAUUAUUCUGGAUGUGGAUGGCCUGCGUUUUCAAAAUCAAUCGAUAAUGACCUGAAUAUUAUCCGUAAGAAGGAUACUUCUCUGGGAAUGGAGAGGAUCGAAGUACGCUGCAAACAGUGUAACGCUCACUUAGGACAUGUAUUUGAUGAUGGCCCUAAAGAGACUGGCGAGCGAUACUGUAUAAAUAGUUGUUCGCUGAAUUUUGUCAGGAAACAGUAA